CUUAACUCGUUCUUCCGCCCCUCCUUAAUUUCCCUCUUUGCGCAUAACCUGCCUCCAAGAGAGAGUUUGAGAGGAGAGAGUAAACUUCCAAACCCUCAACAAUGGCAACUCCCGCCGCCCAAGCUCCGACAUCCGCACACGCAGUUCAGUGCUUCGGCCGCAAGAAGACCGCCGUCGCAGUCACCCACUGCAAGACUGGCCGUGGUUUAAUCAAGAUCAACGGAACACCAAUCGAGCUCGUGCAGCCCGAGAUCCUCCGCUACAAGGUGUUCGAGCCAAUCCUUCUUCUCGGCCGUCACAAAUUCAAUGGCGUCGACAUGAGGAUUCGUGUUAAGGGAGGAGGACACACCUCGCAGAUCUACGCCAUUCGACAGAGUAUUGCUAAGGCUCUUGUUGCUUAUUACCAGAAGUUUGUUGAUGAGCAGCAGAAAAAGGAGAUCAAGGAUAUUCUAAUCAGGUAUGAUCGUACUUUGCUUGUUGCUGACCCUCGUCGUUGUGAGCCUAAGAAGUUUGGUGGUCGUGGUGCCCGUUCUAGAUUCCAGAAAUCUUACCGUUAGAAGGUUUUGGAAUGCCGGAGGAGAGAGAAAAACAAAGAAAGAGGAGAGUUCAUUUUUUGUGUUUUGGUACGAACUUUUCUAUUGUGUUAUAUUAUUAGGUUUAAUAUGAUUUUAGUGGAAUUUGUGAUGGAUUAUGAGCUCUCUUUUCAUAGUUGAAACCCUAAAUUUUGGUUUAGCUUUAAAUUAUUGUCGGAUUAUGCUAUGAUUAUAUCGUAUUGAUUCUAUUACGCUGUUCAA